UUUACAAAAGCUCUCUUUCACCCCAUCUUCAGGAUUAGAGUUCCUACUCAGUAAUUAACAAGUGGGAGUUACAGUGAAUUUAUAACAGGCUGUAAUCUGUGGACACGGUCAACUGGAAUAAUUCGCGAGUCCUCCACACGCGAAGGCUUGAAGCCGACUCCGGCUACAUCCGCGUUGAGGUGGAGCGAAAACACUGAGGAACAGGCCCCUCUGUAGACAUGAAGUGUGAUAAAUGUACUAAAAAUAAAUGCACUAAAAAGCAGAAAAAUACUGAAAACGAAAGUCUGGUCAACGACUCGAGAAGCCCCAUCAGCGACAAUGAUGAGGAAAGUGAAUUUCACAAACUAGCAAAUGCCAAAAUAUUUCUUAGUGACUGCUUGGCGUGUGAUAAUUGUGUAACAUCAGCAGAAAGUCUGCAGAUUGCCCGACAGUGUCAGGAGGAGUUUCUCUCCGUUCUCAGCCUGAACCAGAGAUGUGAUGUGUUCAAACACAAAGUGCUGGUAGUUUCAAUUUCCCCACAGUCGGUGCCCUAUUUUGCUGCUAAACAUUGUAUAAAUGUUACUGAUGUAAUCCAAAGACUUUCUGGAUUCUUGAAAGGCCUUGGAGUCCAUUAUGUCUUUAAUAUGACAUUGGCAGCUGACUUCAGUCUUCUCGAGAGCCAGAGAGAAUUUGUUCAGCGUUUUUACCAGAGAAGCCAAGACCAACAUGCUUUACCAAUGUUUGCCUCUGCUUGCCCAGGCUGGAUUCGUUAUGCUGAAAAAGCCCUAGGCAGCCUUGUACUUCCCCACAUCUGCACUGCUAAAUCCCCACAGCAGGUCAUGGGCUCACUGAUAAAGGACUAUUUUGCCAAAAAGCAGCAUCUCACCCCAGAUAAGAUCUUCCAUCUAGUUAUAACCCCUUGUUAUGAUAAAAAAUUGGAGGCACUUGGAGAAGACUUUUACAGCAGUAUUUACAAAAUACAAGGUGUUGACUGUGUAUUAACUUCAGGUGAGAUAAUGCAAAUGAUGGAACAAAAAGGUCUCCUUUUGACAAAUGUGGAGCCAGCACCUUUAGACAAUAUAUUUGAAGAAAUUGGUGAUGUGUGCAUUGCAAGGCAUGAUGGGAGAGGAUCUGAUGGCUUUCUCGAACACAUUUUUAAAUAUGCUGCUAAAGAAAUCUUUGGGGUCGAGGUCAAAGAAAUCACAUACAAGACACUCAGGAAUAAAGACUUUCAGGAAGUCGCUUUGGAAAAGGAUGGUGAGAUUGUUUUACGAUUUGCAGCUACCUAUGGAUUCAGGAACAUUCAAAAUAUGGUUUACAAACUGAAGAAAGGGAAGUUUCCUUAUCACUUUGUUGAAGUUCUUGCAUGUCCAGGAGGAUGCCUCAAUGGAAAAGGUCAAGCGAUGACAGAGGAUAGGAAGAUGGAUAAGGACUUGCUGCACCAGAUGGAGGCUGUGUACACCAGUCAGCCUGUCCAAGUCCCAGAAACUAACAUGCAUGUCCAAAUGCUCUAUCAAGAAUGGUUGGAGGGAAGAAAUUCCACUAAAGUUCAAGAGGUCCUGCAUAGACAGUACCACGCAUUGAGUGAAAUGUCAAAUAGCAUAGACAUCAAGUGGUAGGCCAUCUGGUUCUGGACCAUAAGAUUUUUGUAAUCUCAGUUCAGGAUUCAGAAUUUCCCCAGGGAAUGUUGGUACAGUUUGUACUAAUAAAAGGUGCAAUUUAAACCACAAACCUUUAGCCACUGAGAUACUAAAUGUUACACUUUCUCAUGGUAAGGAAUGCAGACUUAAAAUAUGUAAUUAUCCAGGACUUUGUUCUUCAUGGAUAUCUUUGGGAUAUGCUUGUCUUUGAAGCCACUUGAUGGAUGUAACCAUUCUUUGUGCUUGCUUCCAUAUGAAUAUAGCCAUGAUUUGGCCAGAAUAUAAUACAUAAUUGUGUUUUUCUCAAGGAGAAAUUGGGGAUCAUCAGUGAUGUAAAAAUAGUACUUUGAGUUCAUCAGAUGCUCUUCAUCCUUAAAAUUCCUCUUUACAGAUUAUACAAUUUCCAUGUUUUAUUUGUCUGGUUUUGAGAAGGGGGAGUUGCCUAGAACUGAAGGAACUAAAUUGAUGCUCAACUUUGAAACUAUGAAAAGAAAUGUGCAGACCAAAUAUUUGAUUACACGUACAGAGCACUUCACAGUUGAAAACAUUCAGGACUUUUUCAGUGGUUAAGAUGUUGUCUGUUUAUUACAGUGCACAUCUAAACUGGAUAAGUCAGUUAUUGGAAUUUGUUUUCGAAUUCAGUUGGUUUAAGGUAAACUCUUUAUUUUACAGUCCUGUGUUCCUGUAGUAGACCUCUUUUUAUAUAUAUAAUCUGUCAAUUGUAAAGAUGCAUUUUUGAAGUUUUAAUACUUACUCCAUUAGCAAUAGUCUGAUGACUCAAUUGAAUGUAGUCUUCAAGUCUAUCCAACUCAUUUGAAAUGGUGCAUAUUCCAAACAGACUAGCACUUUACAUGCUAACAAGUACAUUUAUAUUUAAUGGUACAAAAAUGAGUAGUGUUUCAAUUACCCUUCAUUAGAGCAGUUUUGAGUGACUGUAGUAAUUUCUGCUCUUUCAUGAACGAAGUUUGCCUUUGUAAAGUGUUUUUUCCCUGUUUUCAUCUUUUCUAAUUCAAAUGUUUCAGUUUGCCUUGAGUUUAUAAAAUGAACUAUUUCUGUUUA